UAUACCGAAAACUUUAAAAUUGAUAUCACACCCUAAUUUGUGUUCCACAGGGAGGGGGAGAGAAAAAAAGAGAGAGCCCAACAACACACAGGGCUCUGCUUACACCAUGAGAAGGGGAGCUCUUGGCUGCAUUGUGGGCUCGCCCAACAUUCAGCUGGGGAUUUCUUGCUGUGUCUUAGCUCUUGCCGGAGGUCAUGCAAAUCGACCUUAAAAGAAUGCAUAAGCCAUAAAUUAAAAUAAACCCCGUAGCCACGGGCUGAUCCAUAAGUAGACAAUACCUGGACAAAACGGCUUCCUUUGCGAGCGGGAAGAAAAGAAUAGUGGCUAAAGUAAACCCAAAGUCAGUUUCAUGAAUUCAAAAGAAACUUACCAGUGAUUUCUGGGUCCUGGGGUUGGUUUUCUUGUGUUUUUACCUACUAGCUGCUGUCUUCUUCUCUGAUGACAACUAUCACGGGACACUGCUAGAGCACAGAGUCAGCCUGUGACGGGGCCAGAAGAAUGUCUUCCAAGCAGGCCACCUCUCCAUUUGCAGCUGAUGGAGAGGAAGCAACGACCCAGGACUUAGCAUCACAGGAGCAAGAAGAAGGCAACAAUGAAGAACUUGUGGCUUCCCAUCUGCCUCUGCAUGCCAUAUUGCACAACAAACCUCACUCUGAGGAGCUACCGACUCUAAUUACUACAAUCCAACAAGACGCUGACUGGAACAGUGUUAUCUCAACUCAGCAUAGAAUGGAGUCAGAAAGUAAUAAAUUAUGUUCGUUGUAUUCCUUCCGAAAUACUUCUACCUCACCACAUAAGCCCGAAGAAGGAGGUCGCGAUCGCAGUGAGCUAAUGACCAGUGUUAAUUUCGGAACUCCAGAACGCCGCAAAGGAAGCCUUGCCGAUGUGGUGGACACCCUGAAACAGAAGAAACUAGAGGAGAUGACCAGAACUGAGCAGGAAGAUUCAUCUUGCAUGGAAAAGUUGCUUUCUAAAGACUGGAAGGAGAAAAUGGAAAGAUUAAACACAAGUGAAUUCCUUGGCGAAAUUAAAGGUACACCUGAAAGCCUAGCAGAAAAAGAGCGACAGCUCUCUACAAUGAUCACCCAGCUCAUCAGUUUACGGGAGCAGCUUCUGGCUGCCCACGAUGAGCAAAAAAAGCUGGCAGCAUCACAAAUUGAAAAACAACGGCAGCAAAUGGACCUUGCUCGCCAACAGCAAGAACAGAUUGCAAGACAACAGCAGCAACUUCUGCAACAGCAGCACAAAAUCAAUCUACUGCAGCAGCAAAUUCAGCAGGUUCAGGGUCACAUGCCUCCGCUCAUGAUCCCAAUUUUUCCACACGACCAGCGGACAUUGGCAGCGGCUGCUGCAGCCCAGCAGGGAUUCCUUUUCCCCCCAGGAAUAACUUACAAGCCAGGUGAUAACUAUCCUGUGCAGUUCAUUCCGUCAACAAUGGCAGCUGCUGCUGCUUCUGGACUCAGCCCUUUACAGCUCCAGCAACUUUAUGCCGCUCAGUUGGCCAGCAUGCAGGUUUCGCCUGGAGCCAAGAUGCCCUCCACCCCUCAGCCGCCAAACACGACAGGGACGCUCUCACCUACUGGGAUGAAAAAUGAAAAGAGAGGGACCAGCCCUAUAACUCAAGUUAAGGACGAUGCCGCGCAGCCACUGAAUCUCUCAGCCAGACCCAAGACAGCGGAACCUGUCAAAUCCCCAACAUCUCCAACACAGAGCCUCUUCCCUACUAGUAAAACCAGCCCUGUGAACGUGGUCAAUAAAAGUGGAAUCCCCAGCCCUAUUGGUGCAGCUCUGGGAAGAGGAUCUUCUCUAGACAUCCUUUCCAGUCUUAAUUCACCUGCCCUAUUUGGGGACCAGGACACAGUAAUGAAAGCCAUUCAGGAAGCUCGAAAGAUGAGAGAACAGAUCCAGAGGGAGCAGCAACAACAACCACAUGGUAUUGAUGGAAAACUUCCCUCCAUGAAUAACAUGGGUCUAAACAACUGUAGGGCUGAAAAGGAAAGAACACGCUUUGAGAAUUUAGGCCCACAGCUAUCAGGGAAGCCCAGUGAGGAUGGUAAACUAGGCCCAGGAGUCAUUGAUCUUACAAGGCCAGAAGAUGCAGAGGGAAGUAAAGCAAUGAAUGGCUCUGCAGCUAAACUACAGCAGUAUUAUUGUUGGCCAACAGGAGGCGCCACUGUGGCUGAAGCUCGCGUCUACAGGGAUGCCCGGGGCCGAAGUAGCAGUGAGCCACAUAUCAAACGACCAAUGAAUGCUUUUAUGGUUUGGGCAAAGGAUGAACGCAGAAAAAUUCUUCAAGCUUUUCCUGACAUGCACAACUCUAAUAUUAGCAAAAUUCUUGGCUCACGCUGGAAAUCCAUGUCAAACCAAGAGAAACAACCUUACUAUGAAGAGCAAGCACGGCUAAGUAAAAUCCAUCUAGAGAAGUACCCUAAUUACAAAUAUAAACCUCGACCAAAACGCACCUGCAUCGUUGACGGCAAGAAACUGCGUAUUGGAGAAUAUAAACAGCUCAUGAGAUCUCGAAGGCAAGAGAUGAGGCAAUUUUUUACUGUAGGGCAACAGCCUCAGAUUCCAAUCUCCACAGGAACGGGUGUGGUCUAUCCUGGUGCUAUUACUAUGGCAACUACUACACCAUCUCCUCAAAUGACAUCUGAUUGCUCCAGCACCUCUGCUAGCCCUGAGCCCAGCAUCCCUGUCAUUCAGAGCACUUAUGGCAUGAAGACAGACAGUGGGAGCCUUGCUGGAAAUGAUAUAAAUGGGGAGGAUGAAAUGGAAAUGUACGAGGACUUUGAAGAUGACCCCAAAUCAGACUAUAGCAGUGAAAAUGAAGCCCACGAGGCUGUCACUGCCAACUGAGGAUAUUUGCUGAAUUAAAGUACUCUGAGUUUUUGUUUGUUUGUUUUGUUUUGAACAAAAAGUUCUUAAAUGAGCCUGCAUGCAUGUGUGGCUCCUACAGUUACAUCUGCAGAAUGGUCUUAAAUGUUUCUUAAUGUGUGACACAGAUUGUUCCCUAAUUUUCAUGAACAUUUUUUUUUAAUUUAGGUGAAGACAUUAAGUAUCAGACAUUGGGACUUGAAAACUUAUAUGAAUCAAUAGCUCUCUUACAAGUCUUACCUUUUUUGUCUAUUUUUUUUCUCCUCCUGGAUGCCGAUUAAAAGGUUUAAGUUACUGUUUUAAACGGGGGUUUUACAUUCUCACUCAGGUAUGCUGUGCCAGCCUACAGGUUGUGAAUGUGUUUUUAUUCUGAAUUAUUUUAGAAAACAAAAACAGAACAAAAAAAAUAACCGUAAAUUUCCUAUCAUGAAACAGAACAAGUCCUCAAGUGUGUGCAUCUGUGUGUCUUAACUCAUCUUUUUUAAAAAAGGUCUCUGAAUUCCAUUUUUUUCUCCACAUGUAUAGCAGAUCUUCUGAUGUGCCAAACUUUCAUAACUUUUGAAUCUUAACAUUUAAAAAAGUCUUAAGGGAGAUACUGUAAAGUCUUAGACAAUCCUUUGGCAUCUUAAAACUAUCUAUAUAUCUUUUUUUUUUAAACACCCUAAUUUUUCCAGAAAAUGGUAAAGUACUCAGGAAUCUGGAUACAGGAUGUUCUUAAAAUAGUGAACAUGAUUGCCACAAUGCACUUGUCCAGUUGCUUCUGCCUCUUGAUGUACCAUCAGUUUAAAAUAUUAAGUAAGCACAAAUGAGCGAUCACCAGCUACAGACAGGCCUGUCUUAAGAAUAUAAGAGCCACCUACAAACCCAUUCUAUGCCCCUUUUCUUUUAACCCUUACAUUCAGUCUUAACUACAUUUUCUCUUAAACAAUCUAUUCAUUCCAGAAUGUCAGGGGUCCACAAGCUAAAAAAAAAUAAAAUUCAAAGGUACUGUUGUGGUGGCAUUAUAUUUUCAUUUUGCUAUUGACUUAUUUAUAAAGAGUCUUUCCCCCUAAAAGCCUGUGGGUAUCUUAAAAGUAGGAAGGGGUGAUAUACAUAUAUGGGAAUUUAUGUUUAUCCACGUCAAAAACACUUGGAAAAAAUCUAUGAUGUGUAGAACAGAAGGAUGCAGAUGCUUAUGGUAUUUGCAUAGUAUGUCUAUCCUAUGUGUCCAUUUUUAUACAUAGGCCAGGACCCAAAGAAUAGUUCAGCUAACUCUAUAAAGCCAAGGUUGCUUUGGAAUUGAGUUUCAUAGGAAGCUGUCUUAUACCGGGUUAGGCCAUUGGUCCACAGCCCAGUAUUGCUGACAUUUACUAGCAGUGGCUCUCCAGGAUUUCAAGCAGGAAUCUUUCCUAGCCUUACCUGGCGGUACCAAGGAUUGAACCUAGGACGUUCUGCAUGCAAAGCAAGUGCUCUCCCACCGAGCCAUGGCCCUUCCCAAGGUUUCUUAACCUAUAUAUCCUGCCUUCCCCACGUAUGCUGCAUGGCAAAUCAAAUCUGAAACAGAAGGAAGUUGCUUCAGAAAAAGGUUUUGACAUGAUAGCCAUGGUGGUUUAAAGGGGAAAAAAUAAUAGAACCCAACUAUCUUGCAUAAAACUUUGGGCUCCCCUAAAGUAGUUCUAAAGCAGUGGUCCCCAACUGUGGAUCCUCAGAGGUUGUUGGACUAUAUCUCCAAAUAUCCAUAGCCAGCAUGGCAAAUGAUCACAGAUGAAAGGAGUUGUAAUCCAAUGAUGUCGGGAGACCCUAACUGGGAACUCCUGCUCUAAAGUAUCCCAGCCAGAUUUCUUAACUGUUGUAUAGUAUACAGAUGGCAUAUAGGUAGUGAGAAAUUCCACUGAGUCUUCCUCAUGAGCUUUUACAGCUGUAAAAUGCUGCUGCAGUUUAGGAUUCCACAUGUUGCCAUUCCCAUUGUCAAUCUGAUGGACAAACUUAGUGUUGUCAGUAUAUGACCUUAUCUUUGGAUUGCUGUUUUUUUAAAACAAAACUCCACCCAAAUCUUGAAUAUCUAAGAUAAAUUGUAUCAAAUGUUAGUUUAAAAGAACUGAAGAGUCCCAAACUCAACUCUUUGUUUGCCAUUAACUGGCAUGUUUUCACUGUACUCUUUUAAGUUUCAGUCGCACAAAUAUGUGUUUAAUGCAUAGGAAUAUUUGAAGGAUUGCAAUGCUUCACUUGCCCCAUAAAAGGAAAAACAGAACAGACAUACAGCUAUAUCACAAGCAUAAUAUGAAAUUAAAUUUGUAAAGCGCUCCAGGGCCUUUAGAUCAAAGUUGCUGCAUAAAUUUAAAACCUUAUUUAUUUCAUUGCUAAUAUAUAGUUACAUUACAUAUAAAACUGAGUUCUAAGGAGUUUGGGGCAGGGGAGAGGCAAAAUAAAACAUUCCCAAGUUAAUAAUCUAUGUCUUAAUAUAAAAAUCCAAUGGGCCAAAUCAAGACUUGGUAGAAGUCAAGAUUUGACUCAGAAAUUUGAAUUUGAUCUAUUUUAUGCAGCAUGAAGAUCUAGCUCAAAGUCCACUUUCUAGGUAUGAGGAAUAGUAACAUCAAGUUAUUCUCCUCAGCAGUACAUUCUAGGAAAACAACUACACCAGCUCAUAAGUAUUACGUUAAUAUUAGUAGGCUUUGAUUUAGGUUCUUUUUAAAGAUUUAGUUCUAGGAAGAACUUGUUUUCUUCGUUAUAACUUGACUAUCAAUAAUCAUAGCUAUUUCAGAGUGGUGUAUCCUCCAGCAAGGUGGCAAUUCUAUAGGUGCAAAAAUUUUGUGUCUUCUAAAUAAGGCCAACUUCACACAAAAAAGGACGCAUAUUACAUUUGUGUACUAGCUGCUCCAUCAAACUAGUUGUGUGCGGCUUUUUCCACACCAGCAAAAAAUGUCAACAUGAAUGUCUUACAGUGGCAGAAACAAACCUGUCAGGUACCAAUCCAGAAGUAGCAGCUUCUGUGCAAAUGCAAUUCCAAGCAGCCUCCUCCAUAUUGGCUAUUGUUGUGCAAAUUUGAGUUAAGGGGUCUACUUUAUAUAAAGACACCUUCCUUAAGGAUGGAAAAGCAUAUUCAUCUCUCAAUAGCUUUGCUCAGGGGAAAGAGUGCCAAGAUUUUUGAAAACAUUUCUGCACCUUGUAUGAUGGCAAAAAUGACAAACCCACAUGUGAUAAAUAUGUGGGCAUGAUCCAAUUCCUACAUAAAUCAUGGGCUGGAGCCCACUUCCUUGUAAAUCCACAAAGCUAACACUCCUGACUAUGUCAGAUGGGGCUCUUUCCCCUUCUACAUCCACUAAUGGAGGAGUCUGGGCCGACAAAAAGCUCUGGCGUGGGCUGGUCCAUGAAGUCAUGAAGAGUCGGAAGCGACUGAGUGAAUAAACUAUAUAUAUGACUUCAGUAGCUUUUAGAUUGUGCUCCCAAUUAGUAAAAUGGACACAAUAUCAAUGCGGAAUAUUGUUAUGCUAUCAUACAAGCUUGUAGAAAAACUAAUAAUGCCCUAGGAGUUUUCAGCAAAAAUUGCUGGAGGUAGAGAUAGUUUUUGCAAUAUUAAAAUUGUCAAUUUAACUCACACAACCAAAUGGCAACUGUUGAGUUUACAAGAAAAAUAUUAUUCUGAUAUAUCGGCAUUCACAUCAAGCUUUGGCAGACAUUUGUUAAUCUGGUAUAAAAUUAUUUAUCUUUACUAUUUAUUUGAAUAGUGUUCUCAUGUCUACAGUGAACGCAAUAAAAUUGGUCUAGCCAAGAUGUUAAAGGCACUUGUUGUCAUUAGCUGGUGAGCGCCCUCUUUAUCUAAUUAAGGUACUGAAAGAAAAUCCUUUGUUAAGAUUGCUUGGGAAUUUGAACUGAUCUAAUACAUGUAGCUUGGAUGGGAGGUACCCAUUCUUUCCUAAAGAAUAACUAUUUAUUAAUUUCCUACAAGUUGUUCCUGUUAUAAAUCUCUCUCCAUCCUACAACUCAUUUCUUCUCUCUCCGUUUCUUCAUGGGUGUUUUUUUGUUGUUGCAUAGGUAGAAUGCUGUAUUGCUAACAUUGUAUUUUAUGUCAUUAUUUUUGCACAAAGGCAAACAUUUAGUUUAGAGGGUUAAUUUCCUUUUAUAAAUUUUAUGACCAUGCCAAAAUAAUAUUCUGCAGGCUGGCGGAGAACAAAGGACUGUUCUUUAGGACUGAAACUUGAUUUUGCUCAUAGUACAAAAACACACACUCACAGAUGUUGUUUCGUAAGUGUUAUAAGCACUGGAUAUAAAUGGUAUUUUUUAUCACUUCUAACUAAUGUGAAACUGUUGUACAAAAACGACAUGAACAAAAGUCAUCUGUUUCGACUCGUGUGGGCCUGCCUCACAGUUGCCGGAUUUGAGUCAUUUUUAUGUCUUGUUAUUUCAUUUAUUUAUGCAAGAUUCGUAUAUAUAUGAAUACUUUGUUUUAGCUCCAGCCCUGCGUCUGAGUUGAUGCUCUAUAAGUUAAAGCUGCAUUCUUGACACUGAUUGGCUCUUCAUGAAUCAGCAGAUGGUAGAAUGCUACUUUAUUGGACAUAUUGGGUGAGAACGUAUUUGAAUCUGAAAAGUGCAGAAGCAGUUUAUUGUAUUUAUUAGCCAAUAUUGGCUCUAAAGUGUCAGUAGAAAUCAAAGAAGGACAAUCGUUUGGAAACAAGAACCAUUUAUUUUUUGCAUUCUUAAUUGGAGCUCAAAACAAGGUUUUUAAUUAGUCACCAUCUCAUUUUAGUUUUUUUUUAAAGUGUAAAUAUAACAUAGGAAAUAGAAUUUUAUUUUUUGUUCAUGGAUAGUUAGUGAAGUAUAAGUUAUGUAUUUACUUUUGUUCUGUAUCAGUGUACAUUGGUCCAUAUUAAAUGCUGACAAAUCACUGUACCUCAUGUAGAUGCUGAAUUUACACCUGCAGUGUGAGAGCAGUAUUGUGGACCUGUAGCUAGGAUAGCAAGAUGCCUCACUUAUGAUCUCCUUCAAAUCUGAAUUCCAUAUUUCAUAAACACAACAUUUCAAAAUAUUGCACCUGCUUAUAGAAUAACAAGCCUCAUCUUUGUUUACUCUCUGAUAGUGGUGUUAAUAGUUAUUUGAACUGAUAAAAUCUUAGUCAGAGACUUGCAACCUAAUAGUCUUAUCCUAAAGAGUGCUGCAUCAGCAAAUAGGUGCACAGGAUGUGUAGUACAAACUAGUCCGCUUGUGCAGCAUUACAGACUGUGACUCUAGUAUAGAGAAAGAUAAUUCUUUUUAACCUGGGGCAAAUUGGUCACAACACAUUAAAGUCCCAUUGAUUUCAGUGAAACUAACUUUCUCUUUAUCAGGGCCAUGAUAUAACACUGCUGUUGCAGACUGAUACAACAGCCAAUUCUGUGACACUUUUGCUGAUGUAGUUCCAUCCAAUUGCUUGGAAGCAAAUUAAAUAGUGGAAUCACUCAGUGAAUUUCUCCUAUCUUCGAAGUACACCACCCAAAUAACUUCCUCUCUUCCUCUGAAUUAGUGUAAGAAGCAACUGCUUUAAAAAGUGGGUUGCAUAAGUGCCAGAUUUCUAGUUCAGCUUGUAAUCAGUUUGCUUCAUAAUUUGCAAUUUGCUUCCAAGCAAAACUGAUGAAAGUUCUUAGUUCUUGUUUGAAAGCAACCAAUGUGAAUACAAAAAUGUGGCAGUGUGUGAAUGACAAAUAAGUUAAGUAAGUACAUUAAUAGUAUUACACUAGGAUGCUCUAGAAGGUUGUCAUUAACCAGGCCUUUGUAAGUGAUGCCAGUUAUUAAAUGUGAUGCUGAACUGGCUAGAUCUGUGUUUGGUAUGGAACAAUAUUGGCCUGUCAAAAAAUAAGUAAAUAAAACUAAUAACAAAUUAAGAUGGCUUGUAUAAUUGCUCUCUAGAAUAGACAGUGGCACCCAUAAUUUUCUAGUGCCCCAAAAUAAUGGUGAUUUAAAAAUGAAUGUGAUGCCAUGCACAUAUGUAAUAAGAGUAUCUGGAAUUUGAACAGUUUUUUUUUAAUUAUCCUAUUUCCAUGGCAAAGUUUUUUAAAGGCUUUAAUUUCAAGAGAAUAUUUCUGAAAUGCUUUGUUACCAGUUAGGGAAAAAAUUCAAUAAAACAUUAACAACAUGACCAUUAAAAUAAUUAGUUCAAUUGACUUGAUGUUUCACAAAAUGCAAAAUAGAGUCUUAAUGAAACUGAAACAUGAUUUCACAGGAAAGAAAAAUGGCUUGGUCCAAGGGCCCAUGUCUUAGGAUUGAAGUUGUAGCCCUAUACUGAGCCAAGCUAUUGGUCCAUCUACCCCAGUGAUGUGGGCAGCAGCUCUCUGGGUGGGUGCUAAGGCAGAGGUCUUUCCCCUCUUCUGCUAGCUGGCAUUUUUAAAACCAGGGAUGCUAGGCUUUGAACCUCAUACAUGCAGUGCAUGUGCUUGGCUACUGAGCUGCACCCCUCUGCAACUCUUACCUAAAUGUUUGCUGGUUCCCCAAUAUGUCAUUUGGGGGAAGCUGUGGGAUCACCAGCUGAUCGCUCAGUCAUCAACAGGCAGCGUAAAGGAAAGAUAGGAUUUCAAUGUAACAACUACUCCAAUACCUAUGGCUAUAGUGCUCAUUGGGUGUGUGUUUGGUUGUUAUUUACAGUAAAUACAAAACCCUGUGAACAGAAAAAGUACAGCAGUAACUUGAAAACAAUGAUUGUUAAAAUGAUUGUGUAAAUGAAACAAUGAUUGUGUAAGUGCAAGCAUCCCCUAAUACAAAGUUAAAGCAUGAUCUCCUAAUGUACCUACUGUUGCUCUUUGUCUUCUUUCUACUUUACUGCAAAUAAUUUCCCAGUAUGAAGUAACACAGUGUUCCAGUCCAAGAAAGCACUUAAAGCUAGAAUCCUCAAACUGCACAUUCUGGAGUAGUCCAAAUGGUAGCCCAUGGUACUACUACAGAGUAAGUAGUCUGAAGAUCACAGCUUCAGGCAGCAAUUUAACUUUAAGCAACCGAGCCAUUCAACUGAAAUCCAAAAGAUUUAGGAAUGUGUUUAAAGUUAAGCAGAGUUUUAUGUGUAUAUCUGGAUGGGAUUGUCAGUGCCAACAACUGCUCUAGAAGUGCAGCUGGUAGAAUGUAUAAUAGAUUACUUCAGAUUUUCAAUUAAAAAAUAGUCUCAGAUCCUAGAUGUUUGCAUGCGUGUUUAAAGACUGAAGUUGGCACUUAAGCAUGCCCUGUUUAAAGACUAACAUGUGACCUCAUUUGAUUUUUUUUAUUAUUAUUAUUAUAAAGGCACUUAUUCUUUUUCUCAGACUCAAUUCACUGUCCUCUCCACCCCAUCAUUACUUUUCUCUACCAACCAUUGUUCUCUGAUAUUUUUUCUUGGGCGAUGUGUUUGAUAUACUGUAAUACUGUGAUCUCAUGCUAGAAUGCAAAAAGCAUUUUCAGAAGUGUUUUUUUUAAAGAGCCAAAUUUGUAUAAUUGGAUUCUAUAUUCCCCCCUGCUUAAACAACAACAACAAGUCCAAGAUUAAUUUUUAGAAGUUGUGUAAAAAAAAAAGAAAAAAGUAUCCUGAGGGAGUUUACUCAUUGUGUACAAAGAGGAGGGAUGGGCCUGGGGUGUAUAUGUGAGAAAGGAAAAUGUAUCCAAUUGGUAUUUAUAACAAUAUGAAAUCUAUAAAGCAGCUCAGUGACAUAGUUCGCUUUAUAAUUUCUGCUUUCUUCAAAAACCACAAGUGAGGUCCUUGGUGCUCUCAAAAGUUUGGGGAAUGUGCAAAUAUUUAACUGUUUGUAUGCUGCACAUUGCAGACCUGCCAGUGUGCAUUCUCCGUUCGUCUUCCUUUGUCAUUUGUGUUUUGCUUUCUCAAAAGCACAGGGUGUUCCCCCCCCCCCUUUUACCCUUCAUCAGCCUGUAGCAAAUUUUAGAAUGUUUUUAGUUUUUCUGUUCCUUCAUUAUAGUAUUUGCCAUGUACAAAUGUUUUUUUUUAUUACAUUAAGACAAGCUUAUAAGCUGUUACUUACUGUAACUCUUUUCUUUCCUGACAUUGUAAUUUGUUUGUGAUGUAUAUUGUGAGAUUGUAUUCUAUGUUAAUUUAAUCAGCACAAUUCACUGACAUGCUCGCUGCUGUUUCAAAGUGUAAAGUUUUUGUGUAGAGCUGUUGGGGGACAAUUGAGAGCCCCCCUUUCAAGGUACUAUGCUUUGGUUCCUAUAGCAACAGUGUGGGUGUGGCUCUUAUGAUGCUAGGGCUGCUGUUUCUACACCCACAAGUCAAUUUUUUUAACUGGCAGAUUUUCUUUGUAGAAAUUCUAUAUACAGUGCAGGUACCUACCUGGGCCCAGGGCUGGUAAUUAUUUGGGCAUGUAGAGGGGAAAAAAAACCCUAGUGUCUAUUGCUGCUUUGAAUAUGUUUUAAAAGUCUGAAAAUGUAAAUAGUUUAUCAAAAAAAAAAAAAUCUUGUACAGUCCAGUGUAAAGUUUUUAAAUGAACUUAAAAGGUCGCCAUCACAUCUCUCUCACUCUCUCCUCUUGAAGCAGUUUGAAAAGAAAAGUUUGCUAAGGAUGUUGGGGUUUUUUUUAAAAAAAGAAAGAAGUAUCUGUGCUCUUAAUUUAAGGGGGGGGAAGAAUCAUUCUUAGCUUUGCUUCAUAGCAUAAACAGACUUCUUGGAUUUUGUUGUGCAGUAUUGACGUGAGGUAAAUUAAAUAUUAAAUAAUUUUUCAGUGGUACUUUUAAGAGUCUUCUCCUCUCCUCUGCCUCAGAAAUUAAUGGAAAAGACAAAACUGAAAGACACUGUCGUUAUAUCGUAUAUUCUGGUGUAUGUUGGCACCUUACCUACAUAUUUGAGGGGAUUUUUUUUCUUUUCCUCUUUUUUUUUUUUUUUUUUUUUUUGCACAAGGUGCUUUCCUGAUAUGUUAAACAUGUCAUCAUUGGGUGAUACCAUAUAUGCCAUGAUAAGGGGUCUUGACCCCUCAGGGGAGUGUCUAUAAGACUGCCUAUUUAUGCUCAUUUACCUCAAGACUGUCCUCUCUACCCUUAAUCUAUUCACCAUCACUCCAUCUUUUGUACUGCUGUUGACACUUACAGAUUAAAGAUAAAUUUUGUUUUA